AUGGAUUUCGGCGGGCUUCAAGCCCCUAUAAUAAACAAUCUGUUAGAUGCGUGGCUAGUGACUGUCUGGAAAAGACUCAUGACUGGCAAUACCUUGUGGGCUUUAUUUCAGAGAGAUACUAUAACCUGUUUAUUAAGAAAUAAAAGAAACAUUGAAGUGGUCACAGCAUUAAAAGAGAAUCUCAUAAAACUGAAAACAUGGCUGGACAAGUGGAAGCCCUAUUUAAAAGCUUGGAGGAAGGUGACCGGCACAAUCCUUGCAAGCUCAAGCUGGCUAUGGGAAGACUCAAUAAUUCAAAUAGGACAAUGGACAGGGGCACAAAUUACAGUUAAAAGGAUAGUAAACCUUUUGAGAGAUGCGAUUACAAUCCGCAAUAAUGAG